AUGAGUACUGAUAUUACUGCUGAAAACUUACUGAAGGCUGGUGCAAGCUCUGAGAGAGACUUGAGAACUACUGCUACCAGCGUUGAUGAAAACUUAACCUCGUCUGGUUCAAGUUCUGUUACUGAACGUCCUCCUAAGGUCACUUCUGAGGUCAUUCCCGAGUUAACUAGUUCUUUGGCGCGUGAGGCUCCUACGAUAACUCUGGAAUCUAUUGACACUCCCUCUGUGGUAAAUUAUAGCAGUGCCAAACGAUACGAACAACGUCGUCCAGGUUCUGAUGCUGUACCGCCGCUUGCAAUUCUUACAAAUUUUGCUUCUAAUCUUCACAGCGUGGAUGAUAAUAUGAGUAAUCAUUUGGUACUAACUGAGGAGGAAUUGUGUGCCCCAUUUGUAGCAAUUAUGGAUUCGUAUAACAAUUUAUUGACUUACUUCAGUACCGGUCGUGCUGCGAUGAUAGAUGAAGUUAGUGAAAAUGAAACAGUUGGUAAUGAUGUGGCUGAUUCAUAUAAUUUCCUUGCACCUGCUAGUCGUGCAUCUCUGGAUAUGGUUCUAUCAACUUUUUGUGCUAAAAUUGAUGAGAUGAAAGCUCGUGUUGCUUUCUUUGAUAAUGAUAUUAACAAGACAAAGGAUAAUAUUGUUUGUGAACUUAUGCUUGCACUUCAUACUAUUCCUGCUGCUGAUUUGUGUCCUUUGGUACAAGGGUUUUGCUGGCCUACUGAAGCUGUCUGUCAUGAUUUAAAUUUGCGUUAUGACUAUGUUUUGAUGGCUAGGGGGGAGUACAAUAGUCGAACUCGUGCAACGAAUGCGAAGUCAAGACAAAGUGGCGAUGCAUAUGAAGACAUACCACGAGCAGCUGUUUUGGUGGAAACAAAGCCUGUAGUUAAGAAGAUCAACAUUUCUGAGCGACGAAAACGUAUGCGUUUUGAUUCGUUUUUCCAAGGUAAUGAAGAAGAAGCUCAAAUUUGGAUGCAAAGAUAUGAAUUUCUUUGUCGCUAUGAUCGUUUUGAUGAAGAAAAGGUGGAUGAGUUGGAGAAAUUUGGUGGAGGUGUUGAUCCUGCUCUGAUUGCUUUAAAGGAACUGAAAAAAUUACAUCAAGAAAAUAGGUCGAUGAGGGUGUUUGGUCCUAUCAUUACGAAUUUUAUAUCUCGUGCGCAAGUUUUUGCACCGGGUGUUGUUGUAUUCGAGCAGUAUAUGCACCACAUUUGCGGUAACAUACUUGCACUCCGACGAUUGAAGUAAUUUAUCAUCGUUCACCUUUUGGCAUAUGUCAGAUGAUAUUUCAUAAUUCACGUAACACUAAUAUAUUUAUUUUAGUUACGGAUUGUUAUUUUAUUAUCUUUGAUGUACCUUGCGGGAUAUUGAUAGUUUAGACAAUAUGUCAAUAUAAUCUACCCAAAGUAGUCAUCUUCCCGUUUGCUGUAAAUAGUUGUGUUCGUUGUGUAUAAAAGAAAUCCACAUUUUUAUGUUUAAUAUAGUUCCAUUCCUUUUUGCAAUCUGGUUAAUACUCUGUCUUAUUUUCUUUUUUGUCUUUGGAUUUUUC